UCACAUUACACUGGCAUCAUUGUCCAAUUGUUAUUCUAUUUCUUUUUGUGCAGUGGAAAAAGUCAUAAGAUUUUACAAAAGAAUUUUCAGAAUUUUCCUUGAUUACAAUAACUAAAAAAAACAAUGAACUUGUGAAAAUAAGCUAGAAAAAGUUUGCGGAAAUAGAGUGUAAUUGAAAACUAAUAUGAUUGAAUGGCAAUAAAAUGAUUAUGAAAAUGUUAAAUACAAAAGAAGCAAAGUAAUUAAGGGGUACUUGGUGGAAGAAAGAAAAUAUUAAGAAAAAAACAGAAACAGACGUCGUAGUAUUGUAACACCUUUUUGUAAACUGCUAAUAAAGCAGUUUUUGAAUACUGUAUGUAAAAGUGUGCGUGAGUGAGUGACUGACUGACUGUGAGUGAAUAGAGUGUAGAAAAGAAGUGAGUGUGGUGGUGUCGUCGCUUUUGGAAUUCCAUUGCAGUUUGCUAGUGCAGGCAGGCAGACACCCCACUUUAUACACCCAACGCUUGGAUUAUCAAUAAAUAUGGGUGCUAAAGAGUCCAAACAGUCCUGCAUUAAUUACGAGGAUGCAGUCAAACGUGUUUCCGAAUCCGAAUUAAGACGCCUUAAAGAAGCUUUCAAGAAAUCAGCAGGAGUUGGUCGCUUCUAUUUAAGUCGUAAUGCAUUCCAGCAAGAUGUAUUGUGUGAGGGUGUGCCGCCAAAUGUUACAGAUUUACUCUAUACCGCCUGUGGUGGCACCAGCAAGGGUAUUUCUCUAAAGGAUCUGCUAUGUGGCCUAGUUUUAAUUACACGCGGUACCGAAGAUGAAAAAACCAAAUUUCUUUGGAAUUUAUAUUGCAAUGACAAUGGCACUUAUAUAUUAAAGUCCGAUUUCAUCAAGGCUAUUAAUUUACAUCCCUACGAAAGUGUUUCAUUGUUUUCACAAACGGAUCGCAUAAAUUUCGAACAAUUUCAGGGUUGGAUUUUAAAAAAUCGUACCUCUACCGUACUCUCGAAAUGGUUAUUAUCCGAUAAUUGCAUAAGUUUGACUUCGGAAUUGGAAACACCCACAUUCUAUCAAAGUUUAGCGGGGGUAACACAUUUGGAAGAAAAGGAUAUUGGUGAUUUGGAGAAAGAGUUUUGGCGUUUAAAGAACUCCUCGCCCAAUGGCCAAUUGGAUUUGCAAUUGCUGGGACCUUUAUUAAGUCCUCCCAUACCCAAAAAUGCUUUACAAGGCCUAUUCAAUGCUUUUGAUGAAAAUCGAGAUGGUCAUAUUGAUUUCAAAGAGCUGUGUUGUGGCGUCAGUGCUGCCUGUCGCGGACCUGGUGUGGAGCGAACAAGAUUUUGUUUCAAAAUCUUCGAUGUGGAUCGUGAUGGUAUUUUAAAUCAUUUCGAAACUUUACAAAUGAUAAAUGUUUUAUUGUUUGUGGCCAAAGAAAAUCGCAAUGCUAAUAUGUACAAAGAUAUAACGAAACAUGAAGCUUUAAAAGAUAUUGUUAACUUUACCACUUUAAAAGGUGGCCAAAACCAAAAAAUGGAUUCUCUAACAUUAGAAGAUUUAAAUGUUAAUUUGAGAGCCGAAGAUUUUAUGAUGUGGAAUGUUAAAAGUAACUUAAAACUAUUACAGCCAUUUUUAGAUUUGAUAUUUGAAGUUUGUCACAUAGUGUUUGGUUUAUGGCCUCAAUGUCGUCAUAUGGAAUAUGAUAUAGUAAGAGGCUGGCUAGAUCGUGAGGAAAAACGCAAAUAUCGUGUUGGACAAUUUUGGUAUUUAAUUUCACGUGAUUGGUGGAUGACCUGGUUGCAUUAUGUCAACAAUAUCUCCACGACAUGUGAAUAUUGUAGACAUACUGGCGCCCAACAACGUCAAUCAACUUAUAAUUGUGGCAUUGACGAGGCUUUGGUAUGUGAUGAAAGUUUUAAUACCAAUUCCUUGGAUUCUGUAGGCGUUGAUGUCUGUGUAACAAGCGAUAAUUGCAGUAUGGGUUCGGCCAGCAGUGGCAUAUCUACGGGACGUAAUUUGGGUUGUCGUCCCAGUGCCAUAGACAAUACCAGUCUGGUUACACCAAAUCCUUUUAAGAAUAUACGCACCUUGACGGGCGAGGGGGGUCAUUUGAAGCGUGAUACACCUUUAGUACAAAACCAUGAUUUUGAAUUGGUACCCAAAUCCCUGUGGAAGGCUUUAAAUCGUUGGUAUGGUGAUAACUUACCGCUGCCACGUCAAGUCAUACAACCGCCAAAUACCACAGAUGUGGAACUGGAAUUGUAUCCUUUAAAUCUGCGUAUUUUGCUGCAUCAAAGUGUGCCACAAGCCCAGACCGCCAAUAAUUGGGGUGCUGUAUCGGGUGGAUAUGGUGUUUUAGCUUCUGGUGGUGGAUUUGCUGCAAUUACCGCUUCCAGUGUGCUGCAGCCGCCAAAGCGUUAUUUGGCUUACACCGCCGCUUUUAGUCGUUUAGCUACCGUACAACAAAUUGGCAAUUUUCUUUGUGAACAAUUACGUUUACGCACCGAAGAUAUACGUUUGUGGCAUAUACCAGCCGGAUCUUUAGAAAAUAGUGCCAUUUUAUUGGAAGAAGAUAAUGUAACGCUUAAAGAGCUAAUGAUCAAGGAUAAUGAUCAAAUUCUGUUGGAAAUUAGAAAUAAAGAUCAAACUUGGCCCGAGGAAUUGGGUUCCUUGACUUUAACACAAACAGGGGGCUCUGCUUUAAAUGAUCGCAGACUUACACGCUCGUCCAUUAUGUCUGUACAGGCGCCCGGAGCUACGGGUUUACAUAAUUUGGGAAAUACCUGUUUUAUGAAUGCCGCUCUUCAGGUUCUAUUCAAUACACAACCUUUGGCCCAGUAUUUUCGACAAAAUAUGCACAUGUUCGAGUUAAAUACCACCAAUAAGUUGGGUACUAGAGGCCAUUUAGCCACCAGAUAUGGAGAACUGUUAAAAGAAGUGUGGAGUGCUACCACCAGAUCGGUGGCUCCUUUAAAGUUGCGUUUUUGUGUUACCAAACAUGCUCCCCAGUUUGCGGGUGGCGGCCAGCAUGAUUCACAAGAGUUAUUGGAAUGGCUUUUAGAUGCUUUGCAUGAAGAUCUUAAUCGUGUAAUGGAAAAACCCUAUAGCGAACUGAAAGACUCUAAUGGAAGACCAGAUAAAAUUGUGGCAGCAGAGGCUUGGCUGCAGCAUCAUGCACGCAAUCAGUCUAUAAUAAUUGAUUUAUUUUAUGGCCAGUUGAAGUCGAAAGUUAGCUGUAUGUGUUGUGGCCGGGAAUCCGUGCGUUUUGAUCCUUUCAGUUUAUUGAGUUUACCUUUGCCAGUGGAAAAUUUCAUCUACUUUGAGGUUUUGGUAAUUUUAUUGGAUGGUUCGGUGCCCACCAAAUAUGGUGUGCGUUUAAAUUCGGAAUCAAAAUAUUUUGAUUUGAAACGUAAACUGGCCUCCUUGUGUUAUUUAAAUCCCAACUUUAUGCUUAUCUGUGAGGUUUGGAAUUCUCAAAUAAGACACUCAUUUCCGGAUGAAGAUAAAAUUAAACCUUCUUCGGCCAAAGAAUUAUAUGUUUAUCAAUUACCCGAAGAAUGUGCCGAUCGUUCGAGAUCUAGUUCUACUUUGGGCAUAAAUAUAGAAAAAGGUCUAAAAGAUAUACAAAGAAGUUCAGCCAUGUUAACAGCUUAUGAUUCAUAUUCUUCCUUGACUUUAUUAAAUAAUACAACUACCAAUAAUAUUUCAUCUAAUAAUCAAACAAAUUCCAUAAAUAAUAUUAAUAACGAUGGUCAAACACAGCAACAGAUAUAUGCUGAACAUCAUCAACAUCAAUCACAACAUUCUUUUGAUGAUACACCACCACCGCCACUGCCAACACAACCACAAACCUCGUUAACCAAUGCUACAUUAUCAACUACUGCAAUUGCUUCGUCUAGGCUGCAACAUAAUAAUUUCGAAAAUGUUCGCUGUAAUAUGACACUGGCCGAUGAAUAUGACGAUGAAACCGAAGACGAUGAUGUACAUGUAUCAACGAAGGUAAGGCGGUGCUUUGGAAACACUAUGUGCAUGCCCCAGAAUUUAUUAUGCUUCAAGCAAACACCCCAUAUAAGUCGUAGUCCUGAGAAUACUUUUGUCAAUGGUGGCACUUUACAAAAGCAUAUAUCCACCUCUAAGCUAUUACAUGCCACUGAGGCAAAUACUUGUUCCUCUUCAUCUGUUACUGCUACACAUUCCGGUGAAAAUUCCAUGGAAAGUUCUACUUGUGAUCCUUUAACAAAUCUAAAUACCACUAAUUCCUCAGAGCCCGCUUCAAUGUGUGAUGGUCUGCGACGCAUGAGCGAUUGUCCUUGUCGCCUUAAUGCCUCGGCCGACGAGAAUAAUGCUCAGCGUUUAAUGGAGGCGGAAAUUAAUCGUCAAAAUUUCAUGCAACAAGAAUUAAAUGAUUCGUUGGGGGCUGCUGCUGCUGCAGCAAUGCCACCGGCAGCUGGUGCUGCUAUUGUGAGUGAUGCCGCUGCCGCUAUGGGUAAUGGUAUAUUUUCAAGAGUUCCUUCGCAACAUUAUAAAGUUGGUAAAUAUUUGAUGGCCGUACAUCGUAAGAUCACACGUCAGGAUAGUUAUUUUCUGUCGCAUCAUAAAACGCGACCCAGCAUAUUUGGUGUGCCUUUGAUAAUACCCAAUUUGGAGGGUGGUACAAAUAAGGAUUUAUAUUGUGCUGUUUGGUUGCAAGUUAGCCGUCUGCUAAGUCCAUUGCCGGCGUCAACCGAUCAAGCUAAUCAUGCGGCAGACUGUGACGAUAGCCUGGGCUAUGAUUUUCCAUUUUCAUUGCGUGCCGUUAAAAAUGAUGGCCUAACAUGUGCUUUAUGUCCCUGGUCAAAUUUUUGUCGUGGCUGUGAAAUACCCUGUAAUAAUGAUUAUGUUUUACAAGGUAAUUUAUUUACCAGCAGCUUAAAUACAAGUAAUGCCUCUACACCUAAAAUGAUGCCAAAAUAUACAACAGGUUCUUUGCCUAAUUUAGAAAAUAAUAAGAAAACUAUUGCAGCCACCUCAUCCGACAGAGAUUCAUUGCAAUCGCAACAAUCGACGACUCAGGGGAUAACAAGAAAUGGUGGUGAACAUUUUACCAUAGCCAUAGAUUGGGAUCCCACAGCAUUGCACUUGCGUUAUCAAAGUACUUUGGAAAGGCUUUGGGUAGAUCAUGAUACGGUGACAAUAUGUCGCAAAGAACAAAUUGAACCGGUUGAUUUGAAUCAUUGCCUAAAAGCAUUUACCUCGGAGGAGAAAUUAGAACAGUGGUAUCACUGCAGCCAUUGUAAAGGUAAAAAGCCAGCCACUAAGAAAUUACAAAUCUGGAAAUUGCCACCCAUAUUGAUUGUACAUUUGAAACGUUUCAAUUGUGUCAACAACAAAUGGGUUAAAUCACAAAAGGUGGUGCAUUUUCCAUUUGACAACUUCGAUCCCACUCCCUAUUUGGCAGCGGUGCCUCAAGAAACAAUUUUACGACACAAAGAACUACUCGAAAUUAAUGAUAUUUCUCAGACGAUGGCCGAAAUUAGUGAAAAAGAUGAUACUACUACCACUUUAAAUGAUAAAGCCUUAGAAACUCAAACAUCUACACACUAUACGCACUCCCCAAAUAAUGGCAAUAGUACCAGUACAAACACCACCAUCAACACACUAAAUACCACCACCACCACCAGUACCGCUAGCAACAAACCUCUUAACGGUCUAACCAAGGAGGCUCAAUUGUCUUUAGACGAUCAAGUUAAUAAUUUGCUGAAUUUACACAAUCACACUCAAAUUUUAGAUAAUUGCAGUAAUAUUGUAGAGACCAGUACCGCAACAGCUUCCCCAACAACCAAUCAAAACUCCUCUAGCAAUACCAACAAUGAUAAUUUACCACAAACAAACGAAGAAUUGGAAGAUGACGAAAGUACGGAUAAAAUGUUAGAUAAUGCCUCGAUAAUGGGUAAUACUCUGCGCCAAAAUGAGGGAGAUCGUACAAUGACGCGAAGAAAACGUUUAAUAUCGACCAGUUUAACUAAGACGCCCAUAAUUGAUGGCGAAUUUGAAGACUUCCAUCAGCAUAAGCUGAAAAAUGGUGAAGAUAAGUUUGAUCCGAAAUAUAAAUUGUAUGCUGUUGUGUCACACUCGGGCAUGUUAAAUGGUGGCCAUUAUGUUUCCUAUGCCGCUAAUCCCAAUGGUUCGUGGUAUUGUUACAAUGACAGUUCAUGUCGUGAAAUAUCCAGUCAACCCAAUAUCGAUCCCAGCUCUGCCUACCUACUCUUCUAUGAACGCAAGGACUUAGACUAUGAACCAUAUUUGCCAAAUAUUGAAGGUAAAGCCAUACCAAACGGUGGCUUGGGGGCAUUAGAAAACGAUGAAACGGAAAAUGACCUGAAGAAAAUGUGCACAAUAUCAUAAAAUUUAUAUAAAAUUGAAACAGAAGCAAACGAUAGUGGCAAUGUGGAAAAUACAAGGAGCGGCAAAAUAUUAAGCAUGAAAUUUAAACCAACUAAACACGCUGAGCGUAUAAUUAAAAUUGUGAUUAUUAUAUAAUUUAUAGGUAUGUUAAUUUUUUUUUAUAAACCUAAUUCUAAACUAUUAUUUUUUGUAACACUUAAAAAUAACCAGUAUGUUUGAUUAAAGAAAUUUUGAAAAUGAAAUGAGAAAGAAGUAAACUAAAAUUAGCUAAUGCAAGAAAGAGUUAACUCUGAAACUUGAGGAAAUUGUUGGAAAAAGUGGGAUUUUUUUAAAUGUUUAAUUUAUUAUGUUUAUUAUAUAAUUUUAUUUAUGUUUGUUAAUUAUACAUUAUUAUUAUUAUUAUUGUCAUUAUAAUAUGUUAUAUAAAAUAAAUUAUAAUAGUCGAAUUUAGGUUUUUUUGCUUUGUUUAUUAUUAUUAUUAUAAUUUUUUGUCUUAUAUUAGUUUAGGUGUUAUUUUGUUGUAUAAAAAAACAAUAUUCUUCUUUAUGUGUAUAUUCUUUUUCUUGUUUGCUUAAGUGCAAUAUCAUUAUAUAUAUAUAUUUUUUAUUAAAUACAUAUUUUUGUUGUAUAUACAUAUAUUUUUUUUUAAUUUAUAUAAAUGGAAACUUUAUUGAAAAGAAGUUUUAAAAUAAAACAGAUACUAAAGAUAUUUAUACAUUA